GUUGAAAUAGUAGACUAUUUCAUCAAUAUUAUGAUUCAUAUCAAUUCCAACCACCUUAUUGUAUAUUUUAAACAAUGAUGUAGUUUAUGAAUUUGAUAAAUUACAAGUAAUUCGAGAUGCGCAGUUUUUGUCUUAGUAAAUGAUCAUUUUUAAGCUGUGAUAAUUUAGGUUUGAAAAUAUUUUCUUCAGUGGAACGUGUUAUUUUUUUGGUUUUGGAGGAUUUUUUUUUAUUCAAGAGGAAUUGCUAUUUAAAAUUGAAAUAUCAAAGUCAAACACAUGUGAAAUGUACAAAAAUGAAGGAUUGUUUCUGUUCUGUUCAAAUUUAUUAUUACCUACCUGUGUUUUAUGUUCAUAGUGUACGACUUGUAAAUAUGUACGUAUAUAAAUUUCAGAACUUCCUAUUUUGUUACUAUUCGAUUGUUCGUUGUCAUUUUUUUUUUUUUUGUUAAUUUGCAUUUUCCGGAUGUUAUUUUCAAUAAAUUGAUUAAAAUUGGAACCAUUCGUUUUGUUUCAGACGGAAGAAAGUUUUCACUGUUGAAAAUUAAUUGUAUGGUAUCUUAUGAGGGGAGUGUCCCAACUUGCAUGACAAUAAUUUUUGAACUUGACAAAAAACCAUAUUGAAAGAACAUGCAAAAUAAUGAACAUCAUCAGUCAAAAUUUCAAGUUCCAAAGCGCAUUUUUUUAUUUUUUUUCAUUUUUGAAUUUUUGAAAAUCAAAUUCAGGCAAAUAGGUAAUGAGAAUAAAGUUGAAAUUUUACCAAAUCGACCCCAAAAAGCAGAAAUUUGGGAAAUACCUCAGUUCCCAUUUCUAACCUAACAAAUCGAUUAAAUUUUUUAAAAACUUUCACCAAAUAGAUAAAAUUGAAAACUCCAAUGAUUUUAAGUUGUUCUGGAGUCUCGGGCGUAUUUUUAAUAAUUCAAUUUUUCGAGAGAAAAAAUGUCUUAAAAUCUGUCUAAAUUAACUUGAGCACGUAUGCUCGAGAUAGUGAUUUUUGAUGGUGGCUCGCUUAACCAAUCACACACGUUUUAUGUCGUUUUUUGAAAAACUGGUUUUCCAAAAAGUCACUAGAGGCUCCAAAACAGCUUAAAUCACCUGCAAUUCACUCGGAAUUGUUAAAAAUAGGGAAUUAAUGUGCAGAAACAAACGGUGAUUAGUUUUGGUAUAAUUAAGUAGGUACUCGUAGUUGGAAAAAUUACAUACCUAUUACGCUUGUACAGUGUACUUAUUUACUCUUUCAAAAAGAAAAUGAUAGAUAAAUUAGCGACGCCAGAGCCAAACAAAGUAGACUUUUUUAACCAAAGCAGUAUAGAUUGGUACUUAUACAUUUUUAAGUUCAAUUAAUCUCUUCGGAAUAAUUAGGAAUCAUUUUUACUCAAAUAAGCGCCUUUAAAAUUCAAUCGCAGAUAACAAUUAUUAUAUGUAGGUAAUUGGAAAAGAACCCCUUCCUACUUAUUGUGAUAUUGAGCGUACCAUGGACUCUUUUCGUUUUGAAAUCGACGUUCGAAAUAUUAUUUUUGUAGAAUAAAUUAGGUAUAUUGGGAUAGGAUCUCUUGGCUAUUUAAAAAUCGACUCGCAGUUUGAAUUUCUUAGAAAAGCAAACUGAAAAAUAGUAGAUUAAUUAUUAUGAAAUCGUUUGCAAUGCUGCAGUUAUCCGAAAUUAGAUUAGGAUCGAGUGAAAUGCUCCGAUGGUUUUAUAUUUCAAUGAGUAUGUGUUACAUAGGCGAAGAUUCAAUCUAAUCUAGAUGAAAACGAUAAUAAAGCAAUACUACCUAUACUUUUAUUACUGCAAUAUACAUUUGGAUUUCCUGAUUAGUUUUUGUGCACUUUACCUAUGCCUGCUCUUUAAUCCGUUAUUCGUAUUCGUUAAUUACUGAAAAUAUAAACAUUUCAACCAGUUGAACGAGUUGAACGAUUUUUAAUAGUGUUUACCUGGACUGUCUAACCUAAUCAAUAUGCAUUCAUUUGAUUCAAUAGACGAGGAAUUAACGAGAAUGAUAAUGCAUGAAAAGAUUACUAAUAGAUACAUUAUUACAUAUGUAACUUUUCCGCUUUUUUUGCUGGAGCAUGAAACAAAUUAGUCGAUGUCACAAGUUACUACAGCAGUUUGUACCUCUACCUAAAGCUAGUCAUAUGCAUGUGCCGCGUGCGAGUGCACCAUGAGAUUUCGCUACGGAGUAAUUAUCCAAUUUUUAAUAUUAAUCAUAACGAAAGUGAUGUUUUCAAAGGCAACAGAAGGCAUAAACAUAUUUGAUUUUUUAAUGUCUUCUUCUGGGCAACAUUCGCAAAAUAUAUCAUUCAGUCCCGAUGACGGUAAAAAAUUCCGGAGAUCAUUUGAACAAAAAUACGGUCCAAAAGGCAGACAUCUGAUUGAAUCGAUGGGCUAUAAUAAAUCAUAUGCUUUCCCGGAAGUAACCAGCACUACUACUACAACUACUACCACGGCUCUUCCAGUAAAAAAUUACACCAAAGUCAUCAAGAAAAAAAGGAGAGUUUUUUCAACCACCACAACAGCAUCAACUAAAUCAUGAUAUUGUAUAGUUAUACUUACUUACUUGUUCUUCGUAUCUUAAGGUGUUAUUAUUUGUAUGCAUUAUAAAAAAUAUAAAAAAUGCAAUCGCCGAUUCUUUCCAAUUGAAUUACUGAUUCGAUAAAGAUUUCUAUCAUUAGGAAGGUAUUUGAUGUGUGAGCGUAAAAAUAUUUUAUUUUGAGGUAUAAUGUCCCUACAAAUUUCAUUACUUAUACCAAAUUGGUUAUUUAAAAAAAAAAAAAAAAAAAAAAAAACUACUUCCUAUGUAUUUUUAUUAAAUUCACUGCCUAUAUUGUAACGAAGUCAAGUUAGCAUAAACUUAUCCAUACAUGGUGGAGCUUUUAUGCGCACAAAGUAAAACAUACAGAAUUUUGAAAGAGAAGAAUUUUAAAAAAAUUUUAUUUUCCACACCAUAAUAUUCACAACAACAAUUUUCAACUAUGUACUUUUAUACAAAUCCUUCAUACAAAUUGGAAAUCAUCAAACAAAAUAAGGUACAAUAUAAAAUUUAUUAUAAUAUGUUUGUUAAUAGUUAAAAUAUUAACUGCAUUACAAAACAUCAAUAUUAUUGCACUUUACAGCCGGCCAUUUUUUCAAUAUGUCUAUUACUAAUAUAUUAUAAUAUACUCGUUUCGUUAAAUCCUAUUUCAUUUGUGAUAACAAUUUUGUUUCCUCUAUUACUGUGUUGUCGGAUAAUUUGAAUUUUUUUCAGCUUUCCAUAAUCAUAGACUAUAUUAAUAUAGAUUAAACCUAUAUAGGAACUAACUAAAAUAAAAGACUUAGAUCGUUUCAAAUUUUUUUUAAUACAAAAACAAUUCGAUUUCCUAGGGCGAAUCUUAGUAUAAUAUAUUUUUGAUAUUUAAAAUAAAUAAAUGAAUUUUAGACGAAAAAAAAAAUCAAAAGUCAGUCAAACUGUUCUAAGAUUCUUCCUAUAUACAGGGUAAAAAAUGUAGAUAGAUAGCGAAUAGAAAAAAAAAUGAGAUUAGAGCGACAGAAAGCAUUUUUUAAUUGAACGUGUCACUCUUUUUUUUCUUUUUAAUGUGUUAUGUACAAAAUGAUUGGUUCUUUUCUUGAAAAACACGCUUAGAAAAAUAUGUAAAGUAAAAAAAAAAAAAAAGCCAUCUCUUGAAUCGGAAUAUAGUACCCUGCAUCAAAACGGUGUAGCUUAUUCGUUUUUUAAACCUAAUUAAGGACACUUUGCAGUAAUUUUGAUUACAAAGAAAACCUCUUUAAUAGAAAUGCUUCGAAACAUUUUGUUUUUUCUUCAAACUUGUGCUUUGUUAAUAGAAAAACAAAAACAAAAAAAUUAUACAUAAUGUGCGGAUUCAACGCUUCGUAAAAAUAGAACAAAAAAAAACUUAAUCAAUUCGAUAAAUAUAAAACGAAGAAAAAAAAGGAAAAAACAGAAAAAAAACAAAAGAAAAAAAAACUUAGUAGAAAAGAAAAUUUUCUUAUAAUGUAAUUAAUAUCGCCAAUCUCUCAACCAUUAUAACAAAAAAUCGAUCGUAAAACUUAAAAACAAAAAUCAUUUGACUAUUCGAACAUUUUUUAACCUAGAGAAAAAAUUACCUAAAUUUUAAUCCUGACUAAAACAAAAGUAGUAUAACAAAAAAACUUACAAGUACCUCGUACACAUUAAUUUUUGUACUUUUAGCUGCGAUACCCUUAAACUUACAGAAAUUAUAAAUUUUCACUAAUCAUAGUCAUUUUCUUAGAAUAAAAGAGAAAAAAACGAAACAAAACUUAACAAAAAGAAAAAAAGAAACAAAAAACACCUAAAUAAAUACUUAAGGAUUAAAAACUCACUCACACUGAGCGUAUAAAAGCUCCACACAACAUUCAUCUCCCAAUUAAACAAACGAAAAAAAAAACGUAAAAAUAGGCCCUUAAGAUUAUAUUUACAUUAAGAGACUUGGGUCGUUGGUUUUCCUGACAAUCGUUUUAUCGUUAAGCAUCCAACAUUUCACCAAGUACAGCGGCGAAUCUGUUAAUAUUGAUUGUUUCCGAGUAGAUAGGUAGAUUGAAUUAAUGAUCUUCGUCGUUGAAUCUUUUACCAAUCGUAUUACAAUAUUGGCGUUGACUUUAAUGUGGAUUAACACGUGUAAAACUUAUUGAAUGUUUACGUUUACGAAUUCCCACAGCAAUGAAAUAUUUAAAAUAACGACCAAAAUAGUCGAGGUCGAUAUUAAAAAGAUUUCAAAAUGUGUUAUAUAAAAUACGUAUAUUUAAUACUUUUGAUAAAAUGCGGUUAUAAAAACAUUGAUAAUAUAGUUUGACAGCUUAGGAUAUUUUUCAUUGAUACAGAUGAUGAGUACGAUGUCUAUUUCGAAUGAAUUUCACAAUGUUGAAAAUAUGAUUCGUAGAUGGUACUUGAAA